AUGAAGGCCUUCGCUGUUCUCUCCUUCCUUGCCCUCACCGGCUUCGUUGUCGCUGCUCCUGUUGCAGGUGGCGUUCAGCAAUACUCUGCUCCUGAGACUCCCGAGACCCCUCAAACCCCCCAGACUCCUCAGACUCCUCAGACCCCCCAGGGCCCUCAGACUCCCCAGACCCCGGGAACUCCCCAGGCUCCUCAGGCCCAGCAGGCCCUGCUGCCCCGGCCGCUCCCCAGGCCCUUCAGGCUGCUACUGGUAAGCAUAAUCUUACCCAGUGAAUACCAUAUCUCACCCGUGGCUAACCCUAUAACAGCCCCUCUCUACGGGGAGCACAAGCGUGGCUUCAUCGUCGUCCCUGAGCGCCCUACCUACGCCGGUGAGCAGUCGAGCACCUCUGGUGGCCAGUACCAGAAGGCUGGCGGUGCCGGUGGCUCUGAGCACGACUCGACUUUCCACGAUGACGAGGGUGCCUACCGCAACAUUGAUGCCUCUUCCCACGACAAGAGCGGUGGCAACUGGGGUAACGAGGCUGGCAGCACUGGCCAGUCUUCUCAGGCUGCUGGUGUCCAGCACUAA